AACCACGACGCCAUGACUAUCUACUACUCUCUCACCUUUCUGCUCCUCGCAGCAGAGAUGAUAACAUUCUGCAUCCUCGUCGCCCCUCUGCCCUACGCAGUCCGCAAGCGCUUGUUCAAAUUCCUCUCAGAGUCCUUCAUCAUCGCAAAAAUCGCAUAUGGCCUCAAGAUCUCCUUCAUUUUCGUCGCUAUUCUAUUCGCAGAUGCCCUUCAACGCAUGCUCCGCGUCACAGCCGAGUCUGACUUGGCCAGGUCAGGCAAAGGUCCAGUCGCCACGGGCACCAGCGCCGAGACCAACCUCGCUGCACGAAAGUUCUACUCACAACGCAACACUUAUCUAACCGGUUUCUGUCUUUUCCUCUCCCUCGUCCUCACGCGGACGUUCUACAUCAUGCUUAACCUUAUCCAUACCCAAGAAGAAUACGCCAAGCUCAAAAAAGCACAACCGAACACCUCCACCGACUCCGCAAAGGAAAUAGCCGCACUGCAAAAACAACUCAAAGAAUAUCAGCAAAAAGACAAGGAAUGGGCAAAGAAGGCUCAGGACUUUGACAUUCUCAAAAAGCAGGCAUCUCAGAACUCGGAGGAAUACAACCGCUUGGCGACGGAGUACAACAAGGCGACGGGGAGUGUUUCGAAUAAGCGGGUAGAUUGAGGGGUAUGGUUUUUGAACUUUCGCAAACACAAAUGUUGAUUUUCACUGAAUACACGUGUUUCUCUGUAUACACCCCGCAUAUUUAUAGUGUGUCAACGUCGUUACUUACUUGAUCUCAGCUACGCGCCAAUUGUCUUUCCCAUCAGAGCAUUCUGCUUCUAACGAUAUCUUUGAACCUCAUCGUUCAAAUCGUCUCGAAUUCGAUACGCCCACGUGUAUUACUCUUACACAACUAUGUAGCUAAAGU